AUGGCUAAUAGCAACUCCCCGGAUUACGAAGCGCUCUUCUUAAGAGCGGAGGAAGAGCGAAAGCGCGAAGCAGAGCUGAGGAGACAAGCGGAGGAACGCGAGCGAGAGGCAACACGAGGGGCAGCGGAACGCCAGCGAAAGGCAGAGGAACGCCAACGAAAGGCAGAGGAAGAGAGGGAUUACGAAAGAGAAAAAACACGACAAACGACAUUUGGUGAACUUAUUCGAUACUGCCACGACCUGUUCUCGCGACCGUUGAGGGCUGAAGAUCCGUCCCGCUCAACUACCGGAAAGAUAACAGCGCCUACUGGCAAACGUUGCCCGCUACAACUCCGCCCGUGGACUGAUUGCGAGAUCAGGCAGCAAGAAAUCUACCGCUCUGUUUGCAAUUAUUUAGAGCCACCGGGGCAGGAUGCCGAGCAGCUAUUCGUUUCACGCCACGCACUGGAGAGUUUCGGGAAAGAACUCAGGAGGCCUAUAAGCAGUGAACAAGAUUUGGAGAGCUAUGAACGGUUUGGCGUGGAGAAUCAUGUUCGAGAUAUCAUCGCAGCGCUUUGUAAGAAACCUGCCGCCCGAGACGAGUUCCACUUGAGUGACGGAGUCAGUUUUGACAACCACGCAAACGCCCUUGAUCGUCCCCAAGUUGACCCAUCACAACCGAGAGAAUCGUCGACCUCACGGCCUUCCAGACCGGAUCAAUUUUGCAUACGCCGUGGCACUUCAGAAACUAUCCUUACCACGGUUGAGUACAAACCACCCCAUAAGCUAAGCGUCGAAAAUAUUCGCUCCGGAUUGCGACCGAUGGAAUUCUGGAAAGAGGUGGUAGCGCCCGAUUCUAUCCCUACGCAAGAACCUGAGAAACUGAGAUACAAUGCAGCCCGUCUUACGGGCUCGGUGCUAGUUCAAGAGUUCCAUGUGAUGAUCCAGGAAGGGCUCGAAUACUCCUACCUGACGAAUGGAUUGGCGGUAGUUCUGCUGCGAGUCCCAUAUAAUGACCCGACUACUUUGUACUACCACCUCUGCGAACCCAACAUAGAAGUGAACCCCGAGGAUGUUCAGAGCCUUCGACACCCGGUAACAAGUAUUGCCCGUGUGCUAUGCCUCUGUCUCAUGAGCUUUGGUUCGAGUUUGCGUGACCAGAAUUGGCGAAAUAAUGCGAAGGAUCGACUCCCAGAAUGGAAGACGAGUUUUGAUCACGAGCGUUCCGAAAUCCCGGAUGCAGAAUUACGACAGAUCCCUCCAGACGCCCAAAAUACUCCGUCAGGAUGUACAAGCUCCGAGGGUUCCGGCUCCUCGUUUUUGCCGUCGUCCCCUCCCGAAUCUCCUACAGGGGGGCGUCGACCGCCAACUCGAUCCCAAACUCAGUGCGCACCUUCGGAUUCAAUCCUUCGCGGCCACCAUUCAGAGUCCGAUGAGGAUCCAGCACUCAGGGGCCAGAAGCGUCGCUUCAGUCGAGUCGCCUCAUCCCCAUUGUCCCCACCUGUGCAACGAUCGGCGCGCCAGACAGGCUCCGGAAACGCCCCGAGCGGUCAAAACCAACGUCAUCAGGCACAGUUUUGUACCCAGCGGUGUCUACUUGGCCUGCAACAGGAGGGAUUACUGGACGAAAACUGCCCGAAUGUAACAUUUCACCGGAAGGGGGGAAACAGCAAUCGGCAUCUCAUCAACGCUGAGACAUUGGUUCAACAGAUUAAGCAGCAACUGGAUGAGAAUAUCGAUGACUGUACCCCCAUGGGGGGUUGUGGAGCAUCCGGAGCGCCGUUCAAAAUCACCUGUGCAGUAUAUGGCUAUACGGUUGUUGGUAAAGGAACUACGUCUUAUCUCUGGGACGAGGUGUCCCGUGAAGCAGACAUCUAUCGUAUCCUCUCGCGACUGCAGGGUUCGGUGGUCCCGGUGUUUCUCGGAGCGAUCGACCUGGCGAAGAUCUACUUCUUGCAUGGAGCCGGAGAGAUCCAACACAUGCUACUUAUGGCGUGGGCCGGAAAGCCGAUCAGCAAAACCGAAGCAACAAGCCCUGAUAUCUCUAGGUCUAUCUCAAGAUCGAUUAGUAAGAUUCGCUCAUUGGGAGUAUCGCAUCAGGAUCUUCGGGUGGAUAAUUUCCUGUGGAACGAUGAGCUACGGCGGGUUCUAGUUAUUGAUUUCCAUCGUUCGGCAUUGAGCCGUCCACUGAUAAAAAGCCGGAGCGGACUACGCGGGGAGAUUUCGCGUGGAGAUCCACGCGAGCGAAAACGACUACGUAUAGCUUGA